AUGGCAGGUCAUAAACUUCAUAAGCAGAGGGAGCGCAGAGAAACAACCAUAGACAGGAAAAUGUCUUUAAACAAUGUACAUCGAAGGAAGAAGAGGACGAGGAGGACGAGGAGGACGAAGAACACGAGGAAGAGGAUGAGGGUUGUAGUAAGUGGCAGACAUCAGAUGAAAGACGAGAUUUUUCCGCCGCGCAGAGAUGUUGCCGCGACCCAUGGAACGUUGCCAGGCACUGAGUGGGAAAGGGAUGCCUUUGUGUGCUUUGCGACACUCCCCAGCGCUGCCUCUUUGGGCAUUCUGUUCAGCUCCAAGCAUGUGAUUAUGACGGAGUGGGCGACAUGUGAAAGUCUCGGAUCUGCUCGCCGAACUGGGUCCGGGGUGGGGCUCACGCCAUACCGGAAAAAUGAGCUUUUCGGGCAACUGUCGGAAAAUGUUUAUCCAACACAACCUGUUGAACCACAGGUUGCAAGCUUGAAACUGUAG